ACGUCCGUCUGUCGUAACCGAUGUCGUUACUUAAGUUCUCCUUUGUUAUAUAUUAGAUGUCCCGUCUCCUGAGGCGGGGCAGAAAAUUCUAGGGCACGACCUCGUGGUGCGAAAACACCAAAUCGUAGAUCGCCAGGCCUCGAGGAGUUCGAUUCGUGUCGGGAUCGCUUCGGGGCUCGAAUCCAUGGCGUCUCGAAGGCGAAUGCUUCUCAAAGUCAUCAUCCUCGGGGACAGCGGGGUUGGGAAGACAUCUCUGAUGAAUCAGUAUGUGAACAAGAAGUUCAGCAACCAGUAUAAGGCGACGAUUGGAGCUGAUUUCUUGACCAAAGAAGUCCAGAUGGAUGACAGAUUGUUCACAUUACAGAUUUGGGACACGGCAGGGCAGGAAAGGUUCCAGAGUCUUGGUGUGGCCUUCUACCGUGGAGCUGAUUGUUGUGUCCUUGUUUAUGAUGUUAAUGUUAUGAAAUCAUUUGACAAUUUAAAUAAUUGGCGUGAGGAAUUUCUUAUUCAGGCUAGCCCAUCUGAUCCGGAGAACUUCCCUUUUAUAGUGCUGGGCAACAAGAUAGACAUUGAUGGUGGCAACAGCCGAGUGGUUUCUGAGAAGAAAGCAAAGGCAUGGUGUGCAUCAAAGGGGAACAUCCCCUAUUUUGAGACAUCUGCUAAAGAAGGAUUCAAUGUAGAAGCUGCUUUCCAAUGUAUCGCUAGGAAUGCCCUGAAGAAUGAACCAGAAGAAGAUAUAUAUCUUCCCGAUACGAUUGAUGUGGCUGGCGGUGCAAGACAGCAGCAGUCAUCUGGUUGUGAAUGCUAGAUGGAGUCUACUUGUGUCGUUCCCUUCCAAGUUGGUUACCUUGCCAAAUUAGUACUACUUCCUCUAUAACCUGUGCCAUAAUUCCUCGGUGAUUGUUACUAGUUCAUGUUGGGGUGUUCUUCCUCCCGGUUGUUGGUCUUGUUGGCUUCACAAGGAAUUGAUCUGUUAUAGGAUGAAAUUUACUGUGGAACAGUGUGUAAUAAUUUCUGCUUUGUACCAUAGCAACAUCAUUGCAGUGUUAUACCAGCUUUUGUGCAAUGUUUUGCACC